AUGGCGGCGGUCAUGCCCGUUUUUAUAACGGCAUUAAUCUUCUUUCCUUCUUUUCUGGAAGGUGUGGAGGUACAAACCACGUCUGGGACCGUAAGCGGUCUCACCACGACUUACCAGGGGUUGGAGGUGUCUGUUUAUCGGGGGAUCCCUUACGCUGCCCCGCCUGUAGGACCGCUGAGGUUCCGGGACCCCCAGCCGCAUCCAGGGUGGGAUGGCGUACGGGACGCGACGCGUACCCCGCCCGAGUGCCCCCAGAGAAGUAACGCCUGUUGCGAGGACUGCCUGUAUCUGAACGUGUAUGUACCGGGACAACCACAGGAUGGCAGUCUGGCCGUUAUGAUCUAUAUUCACGGUGGAGGGUUCCAUUCGAAGAGCUCCGGUGACCCUGACCCGACGCCCCUGGCCGUGACGGGGGACGUUAUUGUUGUGACCAUCAACUACCGUCUAAACGUGUUUGGGUUCCUCAGUACGGGCGAUCAGGCCUCCCCUGGGAACUACGGGCUCAUGGACCAGCGCUUUGCCAUGGUAUGGGUGAAGGACAACAUCCGGGCAUUUGGUGGUAACCCCGACCUGGUGACCAUAUAUGGCAGGUACUUAUCAGCCAGAGUCUUCCAUUCACUUUGA